CACAGACACAAAACACUGGGACUCGACUCGACUCGCUUCCAUGUGACAAGGCAAUAUUUCAACCUGGACUCUCUUCAGAAGGCUAAUACAGUUGUGAUGAAUAUUUUGUUUGUGUGUAUCAUGAUCCUGCAUUCACCUGACCUUUUCCAUCAUUUGUUGUUGACACGUAUUGGGAACGUAUUGAAAGCAGCUUUGUGUUCUUGAGGAGACACACACAGAGACACGUGAAUCCAGUAUCUUUCUCCUCUGUUUUAUGUUAACAGAAGGGUAAAUGGCAAAACCCCCUCCAUCCCCUAUCACUUCAGUAUCAUCCCCUACCACUCCAGUAUUUUUUACUCGGAUCAGUGAUAGGGACCUGACUGAGAUCGAGCUACAUUCCGUGGAGUCCAUCAACGACCUACACCGCACCCACCCAGUAUACAACCACAAAGGCAGCAGACGACCUCCUCUUCCUCCUGCUCCCUCCACCAAUGGGAACCUCCAUCUCAGGGACAGACCGAUUGUCUGUCAGACAGGGCAUCCAAUGAGAAGUCGAUGUCAGAGUACGCUCCGAGACCUGUUGACGCCCACCUCGUUUCGAUACACCAUGAUAGCACUGAUGCUAUUGAUGCUGCUUGUUAUCUUCUAUUUCUUAGUGCAGCAGGGCAGCGCUCUCCGGUCCCUGACUAAGGCAGUGAUGGAGAGACAGGCUGCAGCCCUAAAGAUCUCCCAACUCAUCCAGGAGCUGCAGGCGCUGCGCCAUAACCUCUCAGCCAUCACGGGAGGACCCUGAGGAGCAGAGGUCACCGAAAGGAACACCCUUCACCCCCUGGCCCCUGAGGGACCUGUCCUAGGGGCCCCUGGACAAUGAGACUGUUACACCAACUGUUACACUACAUGUCCCAACAUCAAGUCAAAUCCCUUCCCUGCACAUGGUAUUGGAACUUGGGUCCGUCCAGAAACAACCCCUGGCCCCUACUCCCAUAUGAGAAGAGCCCGGGUGUUAGAAAACCCACAGAGAAUUUCCAUAUACUGUAUAUUUAUAAGUUGUUUGAUUUGCUAGGCAAAUCUCACAAAGAAUAGACUCAUACAGUAUGAUUGUAGGGUUCUGAACACUUUAUAGCAUCUUUAGGGACUUCACAGCACAAAGGACCACACUCUUGAACUGACAAUGAAUGUACUCAGACAACUGCACAGGGACACAGAAAUGGUUGAGGUUCGAGAUGCCCAUGUGAUCUGUGACUUACACAGCUGUAACUUUUAGAAGUGGUAUUCUUUUACAUGUAUGCAUUUGACAGGAAAUGUAUGAUGAAAUGUCACAGCCAUUUUGUUACUGAAACACUUUGCUGAUUUGGGAAAUUCUGUCUGACUAUCAAAACUGAAACAUGUCACGAGUGGAACUGAAUUGUAUAGAAUGAAUACGCUGAGGUAGUGCCUUAGCACGUUUUCAAUUUGAUACACUUGGUGGAAUUGCAAUGAUGCCACUGUACACCAACUAAAUAAACAAAAGAGGUGAUAUUCAAAUAAAAUUGUAUUUGUCACAUGA